UCAGUCAGUGAUGAGGGUUGCAACUAAUGCUGAACUGCCCGUGAGCUUAAUCCCAAAUCAAAUGGCGUAGGUUUUCCGUUAUAAGCAGAAUUAAAUGGAAUUUGAUUAUUUCCUGCACCGGCAUGAUUUGAAGCUUAGUGAAAAGCAGGAUGAAGAUGGAGUUAUCUGCAACGGAUGUAAGAAGAGCUUGUUAGGUCUGAGCUAUGGCUGUGAUCGUUGUAAAUUUUAUCUUCAUCAAUCUUGUGCAGAGCUUCCGGAAGAGUUCCGUCAUUUUAUUCACCCAUGCCCUCUAAUCCUUAAAAUUCGUUCUAGUUUUACCUGUAAUGCUUGUUACGAAAGCCGCUCAGGCUUUGCCUGUUGCUGCGUAAAGUGCCGUUUUGCGGUGGAUGCUGACUGUGUCCAGCCUGGUACCGUCAAGUCUAAAGGUGGAGAAAAGCACAUUGAACAUUUAAGUCAUCGGCACCCUUUGGUUCGCUUGGGAAACUUGAAAGAUGAUGAAGCUUUGUGUGCAAUAUGUGGAACGCUGUGCACUGGUCCUGCUUUUGGUUGCAGCCUGUGCAAUUUUUAUCUCCAUGAAUUCUGCUUGGAGACUUUACCUCAGAAGAUUAAGCACUUCUCUCACCCAUCAUGCUCUCUUAUAUUGCUCACAACUCCAUCUUAUCGAUGUGGUGCUUGUGAAAAAUACCGCUGUGGCUUGACCUUCCGUUGUGAAGUGUAA